AAAAAAAAACUCCUACUUAUUCUAAGACUCUGAGUAGGUUAUAAUUUACAAGUAUCUGCUAGAUAGAGACUCUCUGAAUCUUUUUUUGUUUUUCGUUUUCAAUUUUUUAAAUCUCAAGACUAUCUAUCCAUAUGGCACUCAUAGUCGCUUACUCUCGCUCAUUCUAAAAGAUACUUUUUUUCUUGUUGUUGGUGUUUUUCUUUGAAAAAAAAGACGUUUAGAGACUUUUAGUUAGAGUUGAGAUCUCGCGGCGAAUAGAUGUUCUUUCUUUUUCCGCUGCUAGCGCUGUAUAUCUAGCAGAUUAGUAUUAGAUCUUAUAGAAUCUCUCUCUAAACAAAAAAUAUGUGCCCUAGUGUUAAGAAAUAUUAAUCUCUAAAUUACCAAAAAUAAAACUAAAAGUGAUAUUUUUUAGUGAAAAUAAUAAAAAAUCAACGAAUUAAAUUUAAAAAUAAAACACGAAUACAAAAAAAAAAUAAUUUAAAAUAUAAUUUUUUAAUAAAAAUCAGUGUAUGAAAAAUUUAGCCAAAUUAUGAUUACAUUAAAAAUCAUAAAUAUGGCUUUUUGCCUUUUACAAAUUUGUUUAAUCUUCACGAUGCUGCAGCAAACAACUGUUAUGGGAUUUAAUUUGGAUUUGCCAACUUUCAUCAAACACAAUGGCAAUCCAGGAUCAAUGUUUGGAUUUAGUGUGGCAUUGUACAAAAGUGGCGGAAAUGGUGCACCAUAUGCUUCAAAAUGGGUAAUUGUUGGAGCACCAAAGGAUAACAAUUCAUUAUAUCAACCAUCUAUAAUACAACCUGGUGCCGUUUGGAGGUGCGAUAUUGAAGGAGAUGAUCGUUGUCGUGUUGUGGCAUUCGAUUCACAAUCCGGUUUAAACAAAUGUUUUGAACCACUUAUAGCAAACCAAGUCAACGAUCGAUAUGAACAAAUCGACAAUAAAUCGAAUCAAUGGUUGGGCGCCACUAUUGCGGCCAGCAGUGAUGAAAAUGGAAUUAUUGUGGCUUGUGCACCAAGAUAUGUUUUCCAUACAAUGAAUCCAUCAAUUCGUCCAAGUAUAGAACCAGUUGGAACGUGCUUUACAUCGAGGAACUUUUCAACUUUCACAGAAUAUUCACCCUGUCGAACAAACUAUUUUGGAUAUCAUAGACAGGGUUACUGCCAAGCUGGUCUAAGUGCAGGUGUUAGUAAGAAAGGUGAUCGUCUUUUCAUUGGUGCUCCUGGCAGCUGGUAUUGGCAAGGAGAAGCAUUCUCAAUUGACCCCGAUUCAAAAUAUCCGUAUAAGCCGCCAAUGUAUCAAGAUUUCGGCUAUGGAGGUCAAUCAUAUUCUUAUGAUAUAAUGCAUCCAAAAAGUAAAGUCUAUGCUACCACUCAAGGUAGUGCCAACGAUGAUGAUUCCUAUCUAGGAUAUUCCACAGUAACUGGUGACUUUGAUGGUGAUGGUGAAGAAGAUGUGGCCUUAGGUAUGCCACGAGGUUCCGAUCUUCAAGGUAAAAUAUCAAUCUACAAAUGGAAUAUGGUGAAUAUCUUCAAUAUCACUGGUUGGCAAAUUGGUGCUUAUUUUGGCUACUCAAUGGCAACAUGCGAUGUGGAUGGAGAUGGCUAUGACGACUUGAUUAUUGGUGCACCAAUGUUUAGUGAACCAAAUAAUGAGGGUAAAUACGAUGUGGGAAGGGUUUACAUCAUGAUGCAGGGUAAAAAUCCAAAGGAGAAAUUUUCCAAAGAAGAAUUCAGGGAUGGUACAAAUUCUAAAGGUCGAUUUGGACUUUCACUGACAAGUCUUGGUGAUAUCAAUUUGGAUGGUUUUGGUGAUUUUGCUGUGGGCGCUCCUUAUGACGGACCCAAUGGAAAUGGUGCUGUUUAUGUUUUUCAUGGUUCGGAGAAAGGCCCUCUGGCAAAACCUUCACAAAUUAUUUAUGCAGAAGAUGUUAUUGGAAAUAUACCUCCAAGAACUUUUGGUUUUUCACUUUCUGGAGGUGUCGACUUGGAUGGGAAUUUAUAUCCCGAUUUAGCUGUUGGUGCUUAUGCUUCAGAUCAAGUUAUUGUUUUUAGAUCAAGACCUGUGGCAGUUGUCGAUGCUAAGACCACAUUUAUGCAUCCGUCAAAAUUGAUUGAUUUGGAUGAAAGAACUUGCAAGACUCGUGACGCUAAAGAUGUGCCUUGUACAAAUGUGAAUUCAUGUUGGAGGUAUACUGGGAUCAAUCUUCCUGAGAUUUUAGAAUUCCACGUUUCUUUGGUCCUUGAUGCCCGAAAUAUCAAAAAUCCACGUAUGUUCUUCCUCAAGACCGAAGGAAGAAACAUCAGGAAUUCAACAAUUCGUCUCCAACGUGGCAAGACUUUCUGUCAAAAUGAAACUGUCUAUCUAACUGACAAUAUUCGUGAUAAGCUGACUCCAUUAGACGUCGAAUUGCGUUAUCAGUUGAGAAGUAAUACAGCAGGUCGCCGAAAUGAAAGAAUCAAGCGUGAAUAUUUAGACCCAGUUAUCGAUCAAAACCGUGAAAUUGUUCAAAAGGAUACGAUGAAUAUUCAAAAGAAUUGCGGAAAGGAUAAUAUUUGUGUGCCAGACUUACGAUUGGAAAUUAAGACCGUUAACAAAUAUCUUCUUGGAUCUCGGGAACCUUUACAAAUCGAGGUAUUGAUAUCGAACUUUGGUGAAGAUGCCUUUGAAGCUGGUUUCUAUAUGACAAUGCCGGAAAAUUUGGACUUUAAGAAAAUCCAACAAAUCGGUGAUGCUAGAGAUGCACCGAUAACUUGUACAGCUCCAUCACAAUUUACGAAUUAUACAUUGAAAUGUGAUAUUGGUAAUCCGUUGCCAGCUGGCAAAGUGGCUAACUUUAAAGUUGUAAUGAUUCCAUCAGCAAAGAUUGGUAUGGCAUCAAGCUAUGAUUUCUUUAUGGAAGCUAACUCUACAAAUCACGAAAAGGAAGGUUCUGGAUUUGAUAAUAUUAUUCGAAAAAGUAUUGGAAUUUGGGUGGAGACAGAACUUGCUAUUGAAGGAACUUCAAUCCCUGAAUUCGGUCACUAUAAGGCUUCUGAAUUUACAUCAUUCAAAAAUGCUACCACAGAAAAUGAUUUAGGACCUCAUGUUGUUCAUAUUUACAACAUUCGAAACAAUGGACCCUCUCUAAUUGAAGAAGCUGUCGUCUAUAUCCACUAUCCCUACAAAACUCAAGGUGACGAUGUCCUGAUGUAUCUUCUCAACCAACCCGAAACCGAUGGCAAUAUUGUUUGUGAUCCACAUAUCAAUGUGAAUCCUUCAAAUCUUCAACUUGAUACGGAUUUGGCUAAAAAAAGCUACUUGGUAUCGAUUGGUGCUGUAAUACAAAAUUCCACAGCCAGCAGUUCGCAUGUGGAACAGUCUUCAGCGAGUGGUUUUAGUGCGGUAGCAACAGAUAUUGGCACGAAAAUUCUUAGCGAAGAAGAAAAACGUUUUCUAGAUGAAGAACAAAAACGAGAAUCGAGUGGAGAUGCAUCUUUCGUGCAUGCUCAGAGAGCACAUGAAGCUGCUGCUGCUGCAGCUGCGGCAGCAGCUGCUUCUUCUUCUUCUUCCUCCUCAUAUUCUUCUCAAUCAGGAGGUGGUGGUGGAGGUUACAGCUCAUCAUCAUCUUGGAAUAGUAGUUCAUCAAGUAGCGGUGGAAUGCAUGGCCCUUCGGUAGUUGUUUCUUCAAGAAAUCGUACUGUUUCGUAUGAUUCCGAUGGAAGACCUCAUGUUGUUGAGACUAGUACCGAAUAUGUUCACAAUUUGAACCGUCAACAAGGAGGUGCAGCAGGAAGUAGUGCUCAAUAUUCUGCUGGGAACCGUCAAUGGAGUAAUACUGACGAAGAUCACAGACCACAUAUCGAGGUUAAUCGACAAGUAGCUUCAUUUGGAGGUUUGCCAUCACGAGAAUCCGAGCAAAGGUCUUAUCAACAGCAAGCUAAUCAACAAAGUAGACAGCAAUUUGGUCAACAAGGAGGUCAACAACAGCGACAACAAUUCGGAGCGCAGCAAGCUGGACAACAAGGAGGUACUGGAAACUAUCGAACACAAUAUUCCAAUACUUAUAGCCCAGGAGAGAUGACUUAUAACCGUCAAGCUGCAGCUGGACGAGGUUUUGAUGAUCUUCAGGGUACAACUUUGGAUAAAUUCGGUGCUGGACAAGGUUUUCGAACUGGUACCUUAGACUUGGGAACUUUGAAUCGAGGAAAUGUUGAUGAUCAACUUCGUCAUCGUGCUGGGGCAACUUAUUCCUCAAACGCAGGCCAACAACAAGGUGGUGGAUCAUUUGGUGGAAGUACAUUCUCACAAUCAAGUAGUUCUGAUCCGGUUUAUAGUCAACGUUAUUCAAGUCAUAGAGAGAAACCAUAUUAUGGAACAGCUGAUGUUAGUGAAUAUUAUUACGAUCAAGAUGAUAAUAAUGAUCGUGGUGAAUACUCUUCAUCAUCAUCGUCAUCUUCAUCUGGAAAUUUCGACAGUAAUCGACGAACAAAAAGAGAACUUCCAGAGGGAACUAUUUCUUUGAGUGCUUCAGCAAUGUGUAAUUCAUCAAAAUGUGCAACGUUACGAUGUGUUGCAAAGAAUUUGGGUAAUAAUGAAGGUGUUUGGGUUGCGAUACGAACUCGAUUGGUAGCUGAAACAAUGGAUCGUUUAGCAUCGGAUGUGCCGCUGAAUGUGUCUACUGUGGCGGUAUCACAAGUUACUAAAUUGCCAUAUAUUGGUAUGCCGACAGAUGAAAUUAUACGAUCACAUGAAGUAUUCUAUAAGGCGAUUCCCGAACCAAUACCAACACCGGAUAUUAUUCCAUUGUGGAUAGUUAUAUUGGCAGCGUGUGUGGGUGCAACGAUUUUAUUGUUGUUGGUUUAUUUGCUGCAUAAGUGCGGUUUCUUCCACCGAAAUCGACCAUCUGACAGCUCGCAAGAACGUCAACCUCUUAGAAACGGAUAUCAUGGUGAUGAGCAUCUGUAAAUUCAACCUGCUUCUUAAAAAAGAAACACUAAACAUUUUGGUAUACAUAAUAAAAAAAAAAACAAACAA